CUAGUUUAAUGAAGAGGAGAUGUGUAUUUUUUGCGUAAUUUAGCUAACAUAAAGUUUUCAGACACUCCCUGUAGCGGUAAUUUUCGUAUUUUUCAUUGGACUGCACUAUGCCUACUUUAUUGUCUAUGGCUUUGUUGUUCAAGCAGGGUGGGUCCACAAUGCUCCUAUUCUGGUCCCACUGGAGGCCAUGAUGACCGUGGACUUUUGGUUGUAUAGUGUUAUUGUGACUGUGAUAGCCGUGUUUCCAAGAUUUGCAUGUAGAUGCUUGUGGAAUACGUUGUUUGACGAGGAAAAUAGGAAGACGAAGUGA